AUAUGAAGAGAAGUUGAAAAUUGGACGUCGAAUGGGCAUCAAGAAGGGGAUUCUAACCGGUGCAUCGCUUGGUGUUUUCCUCGCAUUCCUCUUCUCGUCGUUUGGCCUUGCGUUCUGGUAUGGUUCAACGUUGAUCACGUCUGGUGAACUGCAACCGGGUGCAGUUUUCACAGUGUUUCUAGCCGUGAUGAGUGGUACAGCGUCAGUGGGCAUGAUUGCACCUCAAGUGACACUUUUUGUCACGGCCAAAAGUGCAGCUGCACCAAUUUAUGCUAUUAUCGAUCGGGUACCCCCAAUAGACAGCUAUUCAAAUGCUGGUAUUCGACCUGCGUCUGUGGAAGGCAGAGUGAAAUUUGAAAAUAUCUCAUUUCAAUAUCCGAAUCGGGACAAAAAUGUUAUCGACAAUGUGAGCAUUGAUAUAGAACCUGGUAAAACGAUAGCGUUGGUUGGACACAGUGGAUGUGGCAAGAGCACUUUGAUCAGUUUAUUACUACGCUAUUAUGAUACCAACUCUGGAUCGAUCAAAGUAGACGGCGAGGACAUAAGAAAUUUGAAUCUGGAUUGGCUUCGGAACAUCAUCGGAGUGGUAUCACAAGAGCCGAUUCUUUUCAACGUAACAAUUGCUGAAAACCUUAGACUUGGUCGUGAAGAUCUGCUGAUUAGUGAAAUGGUGAACGUUUGUAAAAUUGCAAACGCUCACGACUUCAUCAUGGAUCUACCGCAGGGCUACGAUACGUUGAUAGGUGAAGGUGGUAUACAGCUGUCGGGUGGUCAAAAACAACGAAUCGCUAUUGCAAGAGCAUUGGCCAGGAAUCCACGAAUUUUGCUGCUGGACGAGGCAACCAGUGCAUUGGACGUAGAGAGUGAACAUGUCGUACAGGAAGCACUUGACAAAGCUUCAGAAGGACGUACCACCUUAGUGAUAGCACAUCGUCUAUCAACCAUCAAAGAUGCUGAUCAAAUAAUCGUCAUGCAGGACGGCAAAGUGGUCGAGACAGGAACGCAUGUUGAACUGAUUGCAGUCGAAAACGGUGUCUACAGGCAACUCGUUGAUUCGCAAGCGAUGAAUGAACCAAAAGAUAUGUCAGGCAAAACAUCGCAUGAGAAGAAAUCAACAAGUAAGAAUGCAUUAAGAAUU